CAAAGAUUCCUGAAAACCACAACACUACACACUACACUGUUGUGGUCGGUCCCCCCACACUACACAUGUUGGUUUCUUUGUUCAUAAAAAAUUGAUCUUUUGAAAAGAACUUCAAACGGUGCCCUUUUGUAUUCAUCUCCUUCUCUACUAAGCAAUCUUUUCGGUUAGUAUUCACUCACUCAUUAGGGCUUUUCUUUGUCCUAUGUAUCUUUUUGGGUUGUAACCACUCACUUCAUUGCUUUCAAAAGAUAAAGGUUGAAUCUUUUUCACUUUCACUCUAUACCCUUUUCUUUAAUUUGGGUUUUGAGUAAUGGGUUUCUCUUUUUUCUUCAUUUAGAAUGAGAAAGUGAGAGACCAUUGUAUAUUUUUUUGCUUAUAUUUAAGAUCUGAGGGAGUUUGUAGUAGUGACAUUUCUAAUUGAAGACGUGUCUGGUGUCUGAGGUUUUUCGUGUUUGGGUUUAUUUUCUUAAAUUAUUACAGGUGUUUAUGAGUUCAUCAAAGAUUAUGGAAGAAGCUCUUAUGGAAAUGGAUGGAUAUGGUGAGCAGCAGAUUAUGCCUGAUGCUCUUCCAUUUGCUAGAAGUUAUCAGCUUGAAGCAUUGGACAAAGCAAUUCGCGAGAAUACCAUAGUGUACUUGGAGACUGGAUCCGGAAAGACAUUGAUAGCCAUCAUGCUUCUUCGAAGCUACGCUUAUCACCUCCGGAAGCCUUCUCCAAACAUUGCUGUUUUUUUGGUUCCCAAAGUUGUAUUGGUUUCUCAGCAAGCUAAAGCCUUGAAAAACCACACUGACUUAAAGGUUGGAAUGUAUUGGGGAGACAUGGGUGUUGACUAUUGGGAUGGAGCUAUGUGGAAAGCAGAGAUGGAGAAACAUGAGGUGCUUGUCAUGACUCCUGCAAUAUUGCUUUCUUGCUUGAGGCAUAGCUUUAUCAAACUGAAAAUGAUAAAGGUUUUAAUAAUGGAUGAAUGCCAUCAUACUUCGGGUAAACACCCAUACGCUUGUAUCAUGACCGAAUUUUAUCAUCAUCAGUUAAGAUCUGGUAUCACCGAGCUUCCUCGAAUUUUUGGGAUGACUGCAUCACCAAUUAAGUCGAAAGCUGCAAAUUCUGAAUCUACCUUGUCAAAAAAUAUUCUGGAACUAAUGACUCUAAUGCAUUCAAAGGUUUAUACCUGUAUAAGUGAUGCUGUCCUAUCACAGUUCAUACCGACAUCUACCCCAAAAUUCCGGUAUUACAAGGACAACAUCAUUUCAGAUGCGUUAUUUGAAGAAUUAGCUCAAAAACUCCUCGCCUUAAAACAAAAGCAUGAGCUUUACGUCACAAGUUCAGAUUUCACAAAAUCAGCUAUUGAAUCUGCACACAAAAAAAUAGCAAGGAUUUUUACUUCCUCAAUAUUUUGCUUGGAUGAUCUUGGUGUUUGGUUGGCUUUGAAGGCUGCGGAAUCCUUAUCUUCAAUUGAAAUUGAAAAUUUCUUAUGGGGUAACUCUGGCGAUCAAAUUGUAAAAAAAUUUAGUUCGGCUACUAUGCUGACCCUGCAAAGUUAUGUACCAUCUGAUCCUCAAUGGACUAUUGGUUAUAAUAUGGAUUCCGAUGUGAAAAUGGGGUUAUUGACAUCGAGAGUGUCUUGUCUUAUUGACUGUCUACUUGAGUAUCGGGGUUUUACUGAAAUGAGAUGCAUAGUGUUUGUGGAAAGGGUCAUUACAGCCGUUGUCCUUGAGGUUCUAUUAAACACUUUGCUUCCAAAAUACAAUAGCUGGAGGGCUAAAUGCAUUGCAGGAAACAGCAGUAGAUUGCAACACCAAUCAAGAAAAACUCAAAAUGAGAUUGUGGAAGAAUUUCGUAUGGGAUUGGUCAACAUCAUUGUUGCAACAUCAAUUCUUGAAGAGGGUUUAGAUGUUCAAAGUUGCAAUUUGGUUAUUAGAUUUGACCCAUGUCCUACAGUGUGCAGUUUUGUACAGUCCCGAGGUCGUGCUAGAAUGCAAAAUUCAGAUUACAUAUUGAUGGUUAACAGCGGCGAUUUCGAUACACGUUCUCGAUUAGAGAAAUACCUUGGUGGUUCCCAAAUGAUGAGGAAGGAGUCUUUGCGACAGUCUUCCCUUCCAUGUGAGAGUCUUGAAAUUGAUCAAUUUCAGGAGCAAGCUUAUCGUGUUGCUAGCACUGAAGCUGUUGUGAAUCUUAGUUCUAGCAUUACUUUGAUAUACUUAUAUUGCUCACGGCUCCCUUCAGAUGGGUACUUUAAACCGACGCCAAGGUGGGACAAAGAGAAAGGAAUAUUGUAUCUUCCUAAGAGCUGUCCUCUACAAGCUAUUCAUGUACAAGGUGAAACAAAGUUCUUAAAGAAUAUUGCAUGCCUUGAAGCAUGCAAACAACUUCAUAAGAUUGGAGCGUUGACAGACUACCUUGUUCCUUCUAUUGUCAUUGAAGAAGCAGAGGUGGAGGAAUUUGGGAAUGAGCCAUAUGAUGAGGAACAGCCAAGCUAUGUACCAUUUGAAUUGGUAAAUCGCGUGUCGAACAAUAGCAACACAAUGUAUUAUUGUUAUUUAAUAGAACUAAAACAAAAUUUUAGCUAUGAUAUCACCGUGAAAGACAUUUUUCUUGCAACUAGAGUCACGCUUGAACCAGAAAUCGGAUGCAUGCAAUUUGACAUGUGUUUCGACAAAGGUAGCUUGUCUGUGAAAUUGAAUUACAAAGAAAGCAUUACUCUCUCACCGGAUCAGGUUCUUCUUUGUAAAAGAUUCCAGGCUAAUGUCCUUGGAAUUCUUACGAAUAAUAAAAUGGAUAAGGAAUCUGUUUUAGACAAAUGUUGUUCGGAAGAUGACUAUGACAUUGAUUAUCUUCUGCUCCCAUCUAUCGAUAGAGAGCAAACAACAGUUGUUGAUUGGUUAACGAUUAAUUCUGUACAUCCAUCUGAAAUUGGGUGUCUGCACCCUGUAGCCAACAUAUGGACCGAAAAAGGUUUAGUUUGCGGUUGCAUAUUGCAAAAUGCUUUGAUUUUCACUCCACAUAAUGGCCGUACCUACAUCACCACUAAUAUAAUGGAGUUGGAUGGAAACUCACCUCUAGAAGUAGGAGAUGGUGAAGUUACUACGUACAGGAAGUUUUUCGGACAGAAGCACGGCAUUCAAUUGCGUUAUGAACAUCAACGCCUACUUAAAGCAAGACAAGUUUUUUCUGUCAAAAAUUAUUGUCAUGGAAGCAGACAAACGAAAGACAGAGAUGCGAGCAAGACUUAUGUUGAAUUACCACCCGAACUAUGCUCUAUAAUCAUGUCACCAAUUUCCGUUGAUACACUUUAUUCUUUUUCAUAUAUUCCAUCAAUAAUGCAUAGACUUGAGUCAUUGCUUGGAGCUUUCAACUUCAAAAAGAUGCAUUUGGAUCAUUGUCCGCAAAACAGGAUUGAAACAUUCAAGGUCUUGGAAGCAAUGACCAGAAAGUCAUGCAAUGAGACCUUCCAUUAUGAGUCACUAGAGACACUAGGAGACUCUUUUCUAAAAUAUGCUGUUAGUCAACAGCUUUUUAAUACAUAUCAAAAUCACCACGAGGGUCUUCUCAGUGUGAAGAGGGAGAAGAUCAUUUGUAAUGCGGCCCUCUGUAAGCUAGGUUGCGGUUUUAAACUUCCGGGCUUCAUACGGAAUGAGCCUUUUGAUCCUAACACCUGGAUCAUUCCAGGAGCUAAAUCAAGGAGUUUUAAAUUAGAAGAGAUUGUUUGCAAUGGAAGAAAAAUUUAUACCCGUCCAAAUAGAAAGUUGAGACGAAAAGUUGUUGCUGAUGUGGUUGAAGCACUAAUUGGUGCCUUCCUUAGCGCUGGUGGUGAGGUGGCUGCAUUGUUGUUCAUGGAUUGGAUUGGUAUAAAAGUUAAUUUUAAUAUUACACCAUAUGAAAGGCAAUUCAAUGCUUGUCCCGAGAAUAUAGUUAAUGUCGGCUUUCUAGAAUCCCUACUGAAGUACACAUUUAGGGAUCAUUCUCUGUUAGUAGAAGCUUUGACGCAUGGUUCUUACAUGCUGCCUGAGGUUCCUAGAUGCUAUCAGCGGCUAGAAUAUUUAGGAGAUUCAGUAUUGGAUUAUCUCAUUACGAUGCAUUUGUAUAAAGAAUAUCCCGGCAUGUCACCUGGGCAAUUAACUGACAUGAGGUCAGCAUCUGUGAAUAAUGACUGUUAUGCAUGGUGUGCCAUAAAGGUUCAAUUGCAUAAACAUGUACUCCAUACCUCCCAGGAGUUGCAUAAACAUAUUGUCGCUACACUAGAUAAAUACGACGAACUAUCUUCAGCAUCAACUUUUGGAUGGGAGUCCGAGGCAUCAUUCCCCAAGGUACUUGGCGACGUCAUAGAGUCUCUAGCUGGUGCUAUACUCGUUGAUUCAGGAUACGACAAGGAGGUUGUGUGGCAAAGCAUAAGGCCUCUUUUGGAACCACUUGUGACACCUGAUACAUUAACGAUUCAUCCCGUUAGAGAAUUAUCUGAAUUGUGCCAGAAAAUGAAAUAUACCAGGAAGAAGUUGUACCAAAAUGACAAUGGUGUUACUAGUUGUAGAGUCGAGGUAAUUGCAGAUGGCAUAAUUCAUCAGUAUGAGCACAAAGGUUUUACUAAUAGGAAAACUGCCAAAAGACUAGCCUGCAAGGGAGUUUUGAAUUCCUUGCAGCUGAAGGAAACACAAGACAAAUGAUAUACAUGACUUGUUUAUAUUUAGGAAUUGUAAAAACAUAUGGAUGUAUGCGUUUCGUGUGAGUAGUGUAUAUACAAUUUGACCUACUUACGAUAAGUAAGAGAUAUUGUUGUGAUUUGCUUCUAUGUUUUGUUUGGUUUAAUAAUGUUUCAUUGAUGCUUGAACUAA